AUCUACUACUACUACAAAUACAACUCUCGCAACCACCUUCCUAAUCGCAACUACAUCUAACACUACUACUAUCAUAACAAAUCUACCUACCACAAUGUCUCUCUUCCGAACCAUCCCUACUGCUGGCGACUUCGCCCCUCUCUUCCGCCUGCUGGACGACUAUGAUCUCCACCGCUCCGGCCAAGGCUCCUCGGUGACUUCUGCUCGCACCUUUGCGCCUCGCUUCGACGUCCGCGAGACCUCGGAUGGCUACCACCUCGAUGGUGAGCUGCCCGGCAUCGCCCAGAAGGACGUCGACAUUGAGUUCUCCGACCCUCAGACUCUCGUGAUCAAGGGUCGCACCGAGCGCGAAUACCACUCCUCGGACAAUGACGAGGCUCAGAACACCCCUGCCCCGGAGAACGCCAACAACAACAACCAGGGUGAGGGCAGCGCUGUCGUCCCCUCGGGCGAUAAGCAAGUCUCGAAGAACAAAUCCAAGACCAAGCAUCACUACUGGGUCAGCGAGCGCUCCGUUGGCGAGUUCCACCGCACCUUCUCCUUCCCUACUCGCGUCGACCAGGAUGCUGUCAAGGCUUCCUUGAAGAAUGGCAUCCUGUCCAUCUUCGUGCCAAAGGCGGCUGCUCCUUCUUCGAAGAAGAUUACCAUCGAGUAAGAAGUGAUUGGUGGUGCGACGAAUAACGACUUGAUGAUGGGUUUCGAAAUUGUUCCAUAGCGUGUGAUGUUUUUACUCUGUUGUCUUCAUUUCCUUUGUAUCUUAUCCGAGCCAGAAUGCUGGGGGAGUAGUGUCUAAUAGUUGAGGUGUGCAUUGUCAGUCGUUGCUGGGUUGUCACUCCUUUUUAUUAUUGUAUCCUAGUAAUACUAUACAUUAUUUGAUGGUUUGAA